UCCUCGCUCGCCAUCCUCGCCCCGCGAACCACAGCUGCGCUAUCAUGGCCACAUCAAGAGGGCUUCUUGCCCCGCUGAUCGCCUUCCUGCUCCUCCUCCUCCUCACGACGCCUGCCUCAGCCCUCUCCGCGUCGGGGCAGCGCGUCCUCGUCGUCACCUCUUCGAGCGGCGAGGCUGCACACUACUCUGCUCUCUCAUCGCACCUCGAAGGCCGAGGCUUCUCCGUAGCUCACCGAACAGCGCAGGGUGGUGAUGCUGCACAGAAGCUCACAGAGUUCGACGAGCGACGAUUCGACCACAUCGUCUUCCUGGCGGACGACGUCAAGAAGCCCUCCGACGAUCUCUCGCCUCAAUCGCUCGUCGAGUUCAACAAAGCUGGCGGGAACAUUGUGUUUGCCUACUCCCCCCAACGCUCAGACUGGCUCCGCGAUCUCGCUCGCGAGUUCUCCCUCGAGCUGGCACCCUCUGGGCAGAAGUUGGUGGACCACUUCCACCCAGCCAAAGACGGCAGUAUCGAACUGCGUGGUACUGCACUGGUCGAAAACAACGUCGUAUGGGACGCAGAGACGCUCCAGGAGGUGAAGCGCGAAAAUGCCAUCCUUCUCAAGGACGCCAGCCCUCACCUGGUCGGCAACAAUCCACUCGCCUUUCCCCUCCUUCGACCCGAUUCAACGUCAUACGUGGGCGGAGAGGACGGUAUGCCGGCUUGGCUGGGCACAGAGCGCUCCCUCUCUCUCGCCUCGGCCUUCCAGCUUCGCGACUCUUCUGCGCGGGUCGCCUUUGUAGGGUCAAAGCAUCUCCUCAGCGAUGCGUCCCUCCUCUCGUCGCGCGCUACUUCGGCGCUCAUCCAUUCUCUCACCUCAUGGACCUUCCAAGAGCGCUCUGUCCUUCGCCUCGAACGCCGCAGCCACUACCGAGUGCGUGAGGGCCCCGCCGACGUGCGUGAGAGCUACGAGGAGCCCGAGGAAGGCGGGGAGGCAAAGAUCUACAGGAUCAAGGACAACGUCCGCUACAGCAUCGAUGUGGCUCAGCACGACCCGGUGCGCGGGUGGGUGCCCGCCCCCACCAACUUGGAUCUGCAGGUCUCACUCAAUAUGAUCGAUCCAUUCAUUACGGCGAAGCUCGUGGCGGAGGACGCCUCACAAUUCUCGAGCAACGCCGCGCAGUUCCCUCCGCCUCCACAGCAGUCCAACUCGACGACUCGCUACUCGACGACGCUCCGCUUGCCGGAUCGCCUCGGCGUCUACACCUUCCGCCUCAACUGGUUCAGGCACGGCUGGACGUACCUCGACGACGUCAAGGACGUGGCGCCCAUUCGCGCUUUCAAUCAUGAUGAGGGGGAGCGUUUCCUGCCUGCCAGCUGGCCGUACGCGGCGGCGAGCUUCUCGACCAUCGUUGGAUUCGUGGUCUUUGUUGUGCUGUGGCUGCUCGGCGGGGAUGCAGAGAAGGGUGGGAAGGGGGAGUGAGGCGCGAGGGCAGUGGAGGCGUGGGGGAUUCGCCUUGAUGUCGUACAUCCCGCGAGCCAUCGAUGGCACGCAAACGACUCUGUCUCACUCUCUUUGCUCUCUCGAUAUAAUAUGCCAUCCUGUCAACGAGCU